GCAGUACGGUGGUGACGCCGACAGAGGCCGGUCGCGUGCUGUUGACGUCCUGUGGCAUGGCGCACCUGCUCUGAGCGUCCUCGCCAGCCGACCGUCAGCGAUCACCCAGAGAGCCAGCCAGCAUGGCCGCGCGCAGGUCCAUGAGGCCAUCAUGGACCGGCGGCGCUGCCCUCGGCGCGCUGCUCGCCGCAGCCCUCAUCGGAGGAGCCUUUUGCCACAGAGCAGAGAGAGCGGCAGAUAUUGAAGUGGAAGUGAAUGGUGCCCUUACGACGUCCAAAUACCUGACCACAACCCGUCCUCUGCCGACCGGCGUGCUCCUGUCCUCGGCUCCCACGUUCGUAUCCGAUGGCACCACCUCCGAGUACACGACACUCGUCGUCGGCACCGUGGCCAACGGCUACUACUCACGCAUCAUCAGCACCGCCGAGCGCGUCUUCUACGCCAUCGCGCGCACCGGAGAGCGGCCGCAGCCGACCGGGGUGGUCUCCGAAGCGGUCAAUACCGAGGUGCACGGCGACGCCACGACCGUGCACCGGACGCGCUUCAUCCGCACCUCGCUCGGCUCCCACUACGGCCAGGUGAUCGAGCGGACCAGCUCCGUGAUGCCGCAGCUGGAGAGCAGCACCCAGGAGCCCGGGCUGCCCACUCUCACCAUCGGCAUGCCGAUCAGCUACCCCAGCAAGGCGCCGCUGGUCACCGAACUGCCCGAGGAGGUGAACGAGGUGCCCACGGCGCGGCGCGUCGUUCAGGGCGAGGAGGUGAUCAUUGUCGACGAGGAAGUGCGACCCUCACCCCCGCAGAGGCGCUUACCUACGUACACCGCCGACGAGGAGGGCUCUCUGCGCCUGGACGAGCCAGUGGUGGUCGUACCCAACCGCGCCUCUUUCCAGAAGACACAGGCGCUUCUCAACGAGAAGGUCAACAAGAUGGUCAAGGAUCUGAAUCUAAAGGAGGGUAGUAACCGCGAGUCUCGCGACUUCAGUGACCUGGAGACAAUCGAGAUCCUGGACCUUGAUCUGGCUCUGAGUGGCAGCGAGCUGACCACCGUCACGUACGUCGGCUUCUCCGACUUCAUCACCACUAUCGGCAGCACUGUGGUGGUCUUCAUGCCUCAGUCCGCCGGCGCCGAGCAGAUCCGCUCCAAGAUCAGCAGGACUGCUCAGUUCGUGGGUCCCACGCGUGCCGGCAAGAGCGUGGUGUUGAGCCGUGCCCCUGUGUUCGUCCCGGACCAAGGAAAUGUCAUCACAACCACCCGCACCUUCGCAUCAAACGACGCUACUUCCACGGUGACCCCCGACUCGGAGGCCACGAACGAAAUUGCUGAGGAAGCUGCGCCAGUGAAGGACGAUGGCGUGCUGUCCACUGCCAGCACCCGGGUGUACAACACCGUGGACCUGUACCCGACCGGUCUGGUGACCUCCAUCGGCGGCACUGUGGCUCGUGAGAAGGUCACCACUGUCUUUACUACACUGGUGUACGGUACCUUCAUCAAGGGACGUUACGCCAAAGUGGUGAAGAGCACGUCUAGCAUCUAUUUCCUGGUGUCGAAGACGGCCAACGUUGAGCCUACCGCGGUCGUGCAGUCCGCGUCCACCAUCGCCGUCGACAGGGGCAACCUAGGCAGGGCCGUCGGCAGCGGAGCUGGAGCACAGGUCAUUGUUGGCAGUGCAGAAGAGGCUAAGGCUGCUCUGAAACAGUCUCAACAACUGGAAGGAAGUCUGGCUUCGUCAUCCGCCCCGCCUCUCUUCUCCUCACAAGCAGAUGGUGAAGAGGAAAAGUCGGUGCUGAAAACGUAUUACACGACGUUCACUUACUACACCACGCUUUCCAGUGGUGACCAGACUGAGGUGAAGACCAGUCUGAGCACUGUGACCAGUGUUGCUACGGAAGAAUUACCCCGUCCGGCGCUAACUUACUUCACAACGUUCACAUACUUCACUACAUCGAGUGUUGACGGCAAGGAGAUCGUUUCCACGCGAUAUGAAACCAAGUCACAGAUCGCAGAGCCAACAAAGGCGCCAACUUCCACAGCGGUAGCGCCAGCCAAACUUGUUACCAAAACAUUCUUCACAACUUACACGUACUUUACCACCUCACACUCUGGUGAGAGUAGCGUCGUCCAGAGCCGCCUGGUGGUCAGCAGCAACGUGGUGACAUCGACUGUGCCCAUCUCUGCCACUGCCACCUCCAACAGCCCCGUCAAGUCUGUGGAUCCCACGUCUGCGGCUCCAGCCAUUCAAUACAGCACUGGCCUCCUCUCGUCGCUCGUUUCAUCAGAGGUCAACGAUGGUGUCACCACCAUUUCCUCGACGGGGUAUUUCGGCACCUCAGUGCAUGGACUGUACGCCCAGAUAAUCAAGAGUACUACCAUGACUAUUGACCCAGCAUUGACACCCAGUUCUGUGGCGCCUGUUGCAGCCACUCCUGUCUCCGAGUCGGCUGCUAUAAGCACUUUGUCGUCUCAGAAUCCCUCUGUUAGUGCAACUCCCACAUUGGACAGUCCAGCCUCUGAAACUGAUCCCAGCUCUGCUAUUUCCACGUCUCCCAAGAAGCUCCUAUCAUCCAUCAGUGCUCAGAUUUCCUCGAGCGCUGCAUCUUCUUCCAGCCGCAUUCAGUCAACCAACCGCAGCUUCCUUCCUUUCCGGACGUCCACGAAGCGUAAAUCCAGCGGCCUGCUUGCACUUCUAGCAGCCAAAAGGGCAGGAUUGGGAGCACCUGAGCCGACUUCAGAGCCCACUAAACCUGAGCCUACAAGCACCGCAAACAUCAACUCACCUUCACCCGUUGAGGACGCGGAGGUGACUGAAGCUCCACCUUCUCCAGUUUUGGAAGAAGAGCCUGCACCGACCUCCACCGAGCGACGUUUCCCCUUAAGGACGCGCCGACCGUUCCCAGGACUUAGAAGGCCGGGCAGUCGUCCUGGCCUACGCGGCUUGUUUAAUCGAAACCAGCCUGAGGAGGAGGAGGAAGUGACUGAGCCGACUCAGGACGAAACCACCACGGUUGCUUCUGAAGUAGAAGAAGAGCCCGUUGAUCCUACGGAAGAAGCCGUAACCGAGGAAGCAAUUGAAACAACCACCGAAGCGGUGACUACUAGGCCUCCUCGUGUCCUCGCUUUCGGCAGAAAUCGAUCAGUUGGCGGAACCCGUAACGCAUUGCCUCUGCGCCGUCGCCCAAAGUCUGGCGGAAGGGGUGGUCUGAUAAGUCGCUUCUCUUCGGUGAUUGCUGGAGGAGAAGAGACCACCACGACAACUACUACGACCACUACCACUGAAACUCCUACAGAGCCCCCGACUGAGCCUACUACUGAACCUCCCACAAAGCCUGAAGAGCAGGAGGAACUGACUGAGAUCACUCCAAGACGAGUUCGCGGCCGCGGACGUGGACGUCUGGCCGUGAGGGGACAGCCUAAAACCAUUAGGCGCACUGUGAGAAGAAGAAGGCCCAUACGUGGCAGACGGAGACGACCGGUCGAAGAAAAUGAUCUGCAAGGCGCGGGAUCUGAAGUAUACGAACAAUACGUCGCCGCCGAGCCGCUUCCGGAACACAACAAUUUUUUUGAACAGAACCAUUUUUUAGAUGAUGCUGGUUCCGAAGUAGCUGUGGUCGUCUCUGACGUCGACCCCCUUCAGGCUGCCGCCGAGGGCGCGAUUCUGUCGCGCACCAAGCGUCAGUCCAGCUUCGGAGCCAGGAGCAGGUCCCGCGCCUCUCGCGGGGAUUCUCUUUCAAAGCAAGAAACACUUAUCGAGGCAGCUGAUCACUCUGUCUCGUCCACUGGUACUCGUGCCCGGCGCCAGAAUCGCGGUCGCACUAGAGCCAGAAACAGUCGUCAGUCAGAGGCAAACAGAGGGCGCAACGUCGACCCUACGCCAUCUGAGGACACCAAGGAGAAGUUCACCCUGACAUCCGGUCGGUCGCGCGGCUCGUCACGCUCACGCUCUAGAACAGGCUCCUCUCGAACCUCGUCUAGCAGCACGCGCAGGGCCAUUCCGGGUUCUAGAAGAAAUCGUCCUUCGUCUAGUUCAGGAAGCGGUUCUGGUCUCGCAGUAAGUCUCCGCCAGCGUCUCCAGCAGGCUCAGGUGGCAGCUGCGGGCAUCAGUGAACCGCCUCGCGCCACGACCCCAGAGCCAGCACCAUCACGUGGCACAUCCAGCCGUGGCUCACCCUCACGCCGGCCCUCGCAGCGUGGACCGUCCGGCAGCCGCAUUCGGCAGCGUCAGCCUCUGUUCGGACAGGAUCGCACUCGCGAUCCUCCAGAUCCUGAACCCGAGAUCGUCCCAACGCCCGUGCUGGACGAGGGUCAGAUCAUCGUAGUCUCCGCUGAGCAGGUGGCCGUCUCCAUCCCAGUUAUAGCUGAUGGCCGGACGUCGUUCCGUGAUGUGUUCACGGCAAACACCGUCACCAACACCCUGGAGCCGGGCCAGUACACGGAAACUGAGGUAAAUGGUGAACUGCGCACGCACGUCGGAACAAAAACGGCUGUUGGAGGCGGCGGUCAGACCGAGCUGUCCACCCUUUAUCUGAGUCCCACUGAAAUCAAGACAUCAAUCCGUAUUCCCACCAAGAUUCGUGGUCGCAUCUCCAACGUGCGUUCGACUUACACACAGCCGGGCUUUACCGUCGUGCCCGAAGUGAACACAGUGAGCGCCGCUCAGAUUCAGCCAUCCCCGGCCUUAGCUAACAACAACAACCCACUGACUGCCCUUCUGCAGCAGCUGCUGGCCAGCCAGGGUCAGCCGGCUCCCGUGCUGUCUGGCUCAUUUAACGCCCCGGUGGCUGCGCCUCCACAGCAGGCCUUCCGUACGGUUAGCUACACCACGUCAUACGUAACCACUGUGACCGAGUCGGACUUCACCACGGUACCGAUCUUCUUCCAAGGCAGAAAGACCCACACAGUGAUCAUCAACUCCGACGUACAGGUGAUCACCGCCACGGAGGUGAUAACCUCCACCGAGAGGAUCCCGGGACAGACUGCCGCCCCGGCUGCCGCGUUUGGUGGUCUCGGCGGCGGCCUUGGCGCUCUCGGUGGUCUGACGCCACAGCAGCUGCUGCUACAGCAACUGUUGAACCAGCCUCCCAGGCUGCAGCUGCCCGCCAUCCAGCCGACUGCCGCACGAAGUUUGUUACCUCAGAGUCAGCCACCGCCACAGCUGGAAGAGCUGCUGCGCCAGGCGACGGAAGUGGACCAGCAGCAGCCCGCAGCCCAGCAGCAGCCGGCCUCCACGUCUGUCGUCACCAUCUUUGUCAGUGGCUCCAAGCCUGGUGAAUUCUUCACGCGGCUGUCGACAGUGACGCUGGACGGACCUGAGGUGACUCGCAUCAAGCGGGGUCAGCUGCCGACCGCAGCAGUACGUCCCACAGAGAUACCGGCCUUCAUAGAGACCGACCAGGGCCUUUUCAAGGUACCAAAGAAUGCACAGGUUUUCGGCGACCUUGAUUUCUACGUUAUGUCAGCAAUGAAUGAGAUUGAGCCAGACAUGAUUAAAUUUGGCGCCACUCAGACCUUGGAAAGCGUUAAGGGGAGCAAGACAACUCGGUAUCGAGAAAAAAUAAUUGACGUGGCGCCAUCGCUCACGGAUCGACCCUCUUCUAAGACGGAUUCUUUUUUAUGGGAGGGCCCCGCUGAGUCUGCCCCACUCAGACGGGAGAAGCGCCAAGCCACCAGGGGUCGCGAUGGAUCUAACGGCAAUGACCCGGAAUUCGCUCCAUUGAACAAUGCUCAAGUCCGACGCAUCAAAGCACCGGAGUUUACAACCUAUACUUAUGAUAACACGGUGACCGAUGAGUUUGGCAGUAUUAUUGUGAAGAGUACGCAGCAUGUGCUUCCGAAACUCAGAACAUAUAGCAAUAUCGAGUUUGUGGAGCUCACAAAACUCGGUGCCAAACCUACUUUAUCAGAAAACCUAUUGUUUGGCAUUCUACAAACUGAGGUUGAUUCAAUUACCAAGACGCUUACGGCACGUGCAUCUGCUCGAAAAUCGCUCAGAGGCGGUCAGUAUCGGUCUAGUGGACUUCAGACUGCCAGAAGAACAAGCGCCAGAAGUCGUCAAGGCAAUCGCGGAAGAACAAACAGCGUUGCCGGCUCAAAUGCUGCUGUAAGAAACGAAGGAAGCGUAAACGUUAGUAGAAAGAGGAAUCCGCUAACUGAAAAGAAUGAGAAAGCAGAUGCUACAACAUUACGCUCAUCCUUUCAAGAGGAGAUAACAGCAGCUAUAGAAGGACCCUUCUCAACAACUCCUCUUCCACCAAAAGAACAGUUGGUCCCCAAAAAUGAUGAUAGCGAUGAGGUAAAUAACAAGAUUACUUUAGAGAAGAAUGGACCAGAAGAUUUCCCAGGCCCUUCGUUUUCAAGGGGAAGUAGACGUCGUGCUCCGAUUGGAAGUAAGACAAAACAAGUGUCUCUCCCCAGUGAUGUUACCAUAUCAACCUCUUCCAAACCGCUGACAUCAGGUGCUGACGCAGAAAACGUGAUUCAAGAUGAUUUCCAGCCAACAACUCGUGGUCGUCGCGUUCGGGUACGCACACGUGAGAGAAAACCACAAACAAGUGGAGGUGCAUUACCUUCAAAUCAGAGUAGGUCAAGGAAUUCUGAAAGUGGUAGCAAGAAACCACCAUCUCAAAACUCUCGUGCAGAAUCCAGCAAUGAAUCGGAAAACAUCACUAGCAGGAGAACGGCGAGUCGUGAAACCAUAAGAAAUACGGUAUUUCCUGUGCAAGGGUCAACAAAGCGAGGAAGAGGGCGAUUUCGAGCAAACAGCUUCACGACAAAGCAGCCAGUAGUCAGACCUACACCUGAUACCCCUAGGGAGAUCGAACUUUCGACACCGGCAAACUUGAAGCAAAGUGUUUUGACAGAUGGUGGGAUUAAAGCAUUAGAUUUGUCCGAGAUUUCCAAAGAAGAAAAUAGACCAAGAACUGUUUCACCUGAAUCCACCGUACAAACGACAUCAAGCAACAAUAUCCCGAGUAUUUCGUCGUCUACAGCUGCCUCUCUGCCUGAAUCAGAUACAACUUCCAAAGAGCUUUCGUUGAUAGACGACAUCGACACGGAAGAAGACAACGAAAUAAUUCCACCGGAAGCAACAACACCUCUUCCUGUGGAAACUAAGCCUACUAGGGGACGUCGGGUACGGGUGAGAACUCGCCUGGUCGGAGGAUCCAAAGCAAGAAAACAAACAGGCUCACUGAAACCCGAUAGUGUUGCAGUUGAUCCGAUUGAAGAAACAACUGAACCAAAGCACAGUGAAAAAGAGCCGGAACAAGAAGACGACGCGGACAAAAAACAAAGCAGUGAGGGGAAGGUCAGUGGUGUUUCAUCAGCGCCAUCAACAUCCCGCCGUCCGAGUUCUAGGAGACGAGUAGUUUCGCGAGCACGUCAACGUGUCAGAACCAAAAUCAUCAGAACGUCAAAAGAUUCCCCUUCAUCUGCGACCACCGAGGCAACAACAGAGGUGACAGCCGCGGACACCAUUCUUGACGUACCCCAGUCAACUUCCUCAGCUGAUCAACGCAGGAUCCGUGUUCGUCUUCGCCGCCCUACGACAGAGUCGUCAUCUCCAGCUUCAUCGAUAUCGCUAGACUCCGCUACCAGUCUGAAUGAAGAGCAUAGCUCAACAACAGUUUCAGACAUCAAUGAAAUAGAAGAAGUUGAACAUACAACAAGUUCUAUUUCUGCAAGCCGAACAACCCCGACUGUCUCUCAGAGAGCGGUACAACGGGGAACCAAUCGGAGCCAAUCUGAGAGUCGCACUCAGUCUAGCCUAGCAAAUCCUGCAACAUCCCGUCGGAACUUAAGACGACGGCCUACCCCAGCCAGUGCUGCAACAACGAUUAAGCGCCCUGGUGUAAGAACAGGAAUAAGGAGAACUUCGGUGAUCAGGAGGCGACCAGUGCAACCAAAAGAAAAAGAUGAAGUUGAGCUCAGUAAUGUAACUGAAAAUGCAUCCAGCGUUCCCGUUACACCUCAAAGAGCACCAUCUUCUCGUCGUGGAGGCACCAGAAGAGUUACACGAGUGAGAACCGUGGUGACGCCAACCAAACAAGUGACUACAGAACGCAUUACUGAUUCUGCAGGCGACUCUAACUUAGAGUCGCUUGAAGAAUUCGAAGUUGAUUCGCCAGCUGAACCAUCCGCAGCCAAAGAAAUUAACAGCCUUACAGCACGGAAAGUUCCCGACAGCAGAGAUUCAGAAGACAGAGCAACUAACACUGCGAACAGACUCGGUGCUGGGAGUUCCUAUACUGGAGAUACAACAGACGCAACUACAAAUCUUGUGAGAAAAGUAAAAAAGAUCAAGAAGAUAGUGGUAGGUCAAGGAACCGAGUCUCAAGAGGAGAUAAACGAGAAACCUGAAAAUGCAAACAGGGCGUCACUGUUUUCGGCUCCGUCAUCGCCAAGAAAAAUUGAAAGCGAGGAAGACCAAAGCUCCAAUGAGGCUGCUGAUAGAAAUGUAAAGCAAAGCUUCAGCAGGCGACGCAAGGUGAAACGAGUAAAAUCUGUUUUCGUUCCAGACGAAGAAACUAAAGCUGCUGACCAGUUGAACAGUGUGAAACCGACAUUAAGACGGCAACGAGUGCGUGUCACCCGCACUCGCACAGUGGCUCGGGUUGCAACUUCCAUAACCAGUGCUGCGGUGCCUAAGAACGAUAGAGAUUCCAGUGGUGCGACUGACAUCCGAGCUCAGACUCCUCGGAGGCAGAGAAUACGGGUCACCAGGCCUAGAGGUGGCCUUCGCCCCUCCGCGACACCGACCAACGCUCCGGAAGUUUUGUCUAGCCCGACUGAAGCCACAACGCAGCUGGGAAGCGGCAGAUUCCGGGAAAGGCCAACCGUGUCCACCACAAGAAGUCGAUCGAGAGGCAGAGUAACCUCGCGGCCCAUAAGUCAGGAGGCUGGUGCCGAUUCUGAUACUGCCACAGAAAUUUCUGCCAACUCGCUGUUCGAUGAGGACACCUUGUCAGAAAACGAUACACUGGAUAACGAGGUUUCUACUCCUUCCAAGGACGAGGCAGCUUCUGUGUCGACUUCUGAUGCAUCAAGAGUACAAAGAAAGCGAGUUAGGAAAUUGAAAAGAAAGAAAAUAAUUGAACCAGCCCAGUCAUCAGACUUUACUACAGAAUCUCCUCUUGAAGAGAAUACAACAGAUAGCUCAGUCCGUCGUGGCAGCCUUCGACGCGUUGUGAAGGUUCGUCGGCGAUUCCCUACAUCAGCAGCCGCCAGUACUUCUCCAGACGAUGCAACAGCUGAAGACGAAACCACCAGAACACCAGCAUCUGCUGACAAACUUACAGAUACCACUUUGGAAGCCACCACUACAGAUACCACCUCGUCAGAGUCAGUUUCUGAAGCAGAGGCCUCGACUGAAAUCACAGACACGGUCCCAACUACGGAAAGGCAGAGCCGAGACCCAAAUCUGUUCAGUCGCUUCAAUCGUCGACGAAGGCCUUCUACUGGUGCUUCACAGAACACUGUCGGUGCACGAUUAGACCUGCCAUCUGGCCGUGAUAGUCGCAGAAACAGACUGAGACGUCCUGCAUCUUCGGUGACCACUACUGAAGAACCUGAUGUUAUUCUGUCGACUGAAGAGCAGGCUGAAGCCGCUACCGAGGUAGUUGAUAUCCAAGAGGAAACAACAACGACCAUUGCCACCACUACCACCUCCACCACCACCACUGAAGGAAGUGAAGGCCUAGCUGAUCUUCGCUCAAGGGUAAGACUGCCCUUCCGUUCUUCUCGUCGCCGACAGAGACCAACAGCAUCUGAAGAGACGACAGCGGACAAUGACAACUCCGCAGAAGCGGAAGAUGAAGGGGGUGACGAAGUGGACAUUACCACCACCACCACAGAACGUUCUAGAAGCCUGUCUGGGUUCCGCUCCAGGAAUCGUCUUCCAAUACGUCCGAACCGACCCGCCCGUCCGUCUCGUCCUCAACGGCCGAGAUUACCAGCACCAACGGAGGAGAGCGAGGAAGGCUCUGUGACUACCGACAGUCAAGUCGUCAUUGAUGAGCCAGCUGAUGUCACUACGGAAAGGACAAGAGGACGUUUCCGACUGGGCAAUCGUCGUCCGUCAAGGCCAACCCGUCCGUCACUUCCGCUGCGACCAGCAUCAUCUCCACGUCGCAGACCUCUUCUCCGACCCUCGGACGAGGAUAGCGGCGAAGAGAUUGACAGCAACAGCAAUGUCGAUUCUACCACUGGGGAGCCUGAUUCAAGACCAGACCGCGUACGGCUCCCUUUCAGGCAAUCUACUGAGCGGCGGCGUCCGACCCGACCAUCAUUGUUUGGACGACCUCGACGACCUUCUGGUUUCCAGAGGCUGGCUGGUGCGGUUCCAUCUGAGGACAGCGCAGCUCGCAUUCCCGAACGCACAGUGCCACGAACCUUAGAUCAGAGAAGGAACGAAAACGAGCUAUUCGCUCAACGCCGACCCAGUUUGCCGAGCCAACAGGAAGCAGAGGAGGAGGAGGAGCAUGAUGACGUCACGUCUCUCAUCACCACCACCACCACGGAGCGCGCGCCAACGGCAGGCACCACCCCAAGACGGAUUCCGUUCUUCCCUGGACUGGCCCGCGAACGGGACCCAACUCGCACUCGACGUCCGUUCAUCAGUCAGUUCCGCCCCGCAACCACCUCGCGGCCACCUCUGCUGCAGAACACAGCCCCUGAAACUCGGCGACCACUCGCUACCGCAGCGCCGUCCUUGCCAGACGAUGAGAACAUAGACGAAGUAGAGACUGAAGACUUCUAUGAAGAAGACAUUCAGGAUGACCAGAUAGAAAUUGGUGUCUCGGACCCAGAGUCAGUCAGUGAAGAAGACAUCGUUAGUGAAGAUCUUCCCAGCAAUGUGGUGUACCGCAAGUUCAGCACUGUCAGGCUGGUGGAGAUCCUCGGCGGUCGUCAGACCUUGACACUGCCUGUGGUGACCUCCACGCUGACUACUCUGGCGCCCUCAGAGCUCCGCCUUCUGACCGACUCGCCAGGCUUGUUUGACGGAACCCUCAGCGUGGCGACACCGGCGGCAGUGCCGGCGGUGCGGGCCACUCGAACAGAGCAGGACCGAACGGGUGCCACCCGGGCGCUGUUUGGUUCUCUACCGGCGGCUCCCAGUCGAGAGUUCAAACCGUCUGCCACGGUCACGGCCGCUUCCGACGGACCCGUGUCGUCUGUAAGAGGUCUGGCAGGGAGGUUCUCCGUGGAUGAGGAACAGCUGACUAGUGUGUCCGCUGUGAACCGACCUCGGCCGACGGCCACUGAGGGGACUCGACCGACCUCACCAAGGCGACCGCCAUUCCGCGUGGCAAGUCCAUCAGGUGCGGACUCAGUGGAAGACGGUGCGACAGUCUCUUCGACGACUCCGGCCACAGCUGAGCCCAGCUCUCCGGUACGACCAGCAGUAGCCACCACACAAUCCACCACGCCUGACAUUCAGUCUUCACUGAGCGAGAGUGAUGUACCCGAGGCAGGUGCCAUCUCGGACGGCCGCACCAUCCUGGCCUCCUCCUCCUCCUCGUCCCGCGCCACCCCCAGUCUGACCGUCCCCGGUCGGAGUCGGUUCUCCGGCGUCCCUCUCUUCCCCCGCCCCCGUCAGACGACAUACAGAGCGGUCACCAGCUCCGGCACCGUACUCAUCUUCGGAGAGCUCGUAACCGGCGCAGCCAUCAACCAGCGGCAAUCGGAGUCUUCUUCUCGUCGACCACCGUUCGGAAGGACGGUGGCGUCCGAGGAUGUCAGCCAGGUGCUGGCCACAUCCGCACUCGUCACCGGCAUAGCCACCAAGGUCAUGAACAACGGGGUGCCCGUCCUGGUAGCAGGAGGCGGCGUGCCACCGGAGCAAGUGGUCAGUAACGGCCAGGUGGUGUUCAACUCUGGCACACUGACCCUGCCGCCGGUGUCGCUCAGUGACGUGGUGUCGCUGAUGCCCAGCUCUGAGACCGACCCCGAGCUGGGCACCCGCGGCACGUCCGGCUUCGACCAGCGCUUCUACCGGACGCAGACGUACUACACGACCUUCACCUACCUGGUGCGCCGUGGCGGCCAGGCCGGGGUCACCACCUCGCGAGAAACCGUCUCCAACGUGGUCACUGUGCCGGCUACGGCCGCCGCCCGGCCGCAGUCCACGCGCUUCGAGACGGCUACCUACUUCACCACGUUCACCUACUUCACCACCACAACUCGGGGAGCGCAGGAGCAGGUCACCUCCUCGCAGGAGGUGGUGACGCGCGUGGUGGUGACGGAGGCGCCGGCCACCGCCCCGCAGCAGGUCACCAAGACCUACCUGUCGACGGUGACUCUGUUCGACACGGCGUUCAUAUCCGGCACCCAGGUGCUCCGCAGUCGCAGCACCAGCGUCAUCACGCAGCUGGACGUGGGGCCGCCGGCUGAAGAGGCGGCUGUGCGCCCGUCCGCGGUCCGGCCACCGAUCCAGGCCACGGCCGCGCCAUCUCCGCUGGCCCCGGUCCGUCAGCCGCCCGCAGUCGACCCGAGUCUGCCGCCAGUCGGCGAACAGGACGAGAUCCACGUGGUGGCCACCAAGACCUACUACACGACCAGCACGUUCUACACCACGCUGCUGGAGGGCAGCGCCACCGUGGUGCGCACCAGGACCGAGGUCACGUCCCGCGUCCAGACCGAGAAGGUGACUACCCGCCUGGCGGCCUCCCAUCUCAGCUCCCUACGCGGUUCGCUCACGAGGACUGUCUCGCCGGCGGUCGCGCUCACCCGCACCCCGACCCUCGGCCAAGCUGCUGCUCUGACCACUGAGAACAGACCGAGCCAGGCCCAGGCCACGGAAACGAAACCAACCUCGACGCUACUGUCGGGGGACUCGGAGACCGCCAGGCCAGCGGCAGGACAGGGACAGAGUGGGUUCCAGAUUCCGGAGCCAGCGGCCGUGGUUGAGAGUUCGGUCCUGACGCCAGUCGAAAACAUCGACCAAACCCAGGAGCAGAGUUCAACGGACCCGGUGACCGCAAACGCUGAGCUGACAUCUACAACAUCUUCAGAUGACGCCGGGUCAGCCGACAAGCCGACGACCGCCGCGACUGCAUCUCCAAUCACUCAGGAGGCCAUCGUAUUUGUCGAGACCGCUUCGCCUGCCGCCGGAGACAGCUCGCCAUCGAGCUCCAGCACGGCAGCUCUGACUGCCAGCACCAGCACCACGCCAGCGCCUGCCAGCCCCAGCACCACCAGCAAGCCACCGGCAGAGGCGCUCGGUAAUCUGGCCGGCAGUCUGCUGAGCCUGAGCGGCCUGGGCGCGGCCGGACUGAGCGGCAUCAACAUCGGCUCCAUGGUGGACACGGCCGCCGGCCUGUUCCGCAACGUGCUGCCGCUGGCGGUGCGGCGCGACGGCUCGGCCGGUGUGCCGCCGGAGCCCGUGCGGCCGCCGCCCGCCGUCCAGGUGCAGCAGAGGAACCCGGCCUUCAUCCCGGUCGGCGGGCUGGCCAACAGUCUGCGCCGUGAGCAGCAGCUGGCCACCGCCGAACCGGCAGGGGUGGGCGGGCCCAGCGGACCGGUACUGGCUGUGCGCGGCCCAGACGGGCAGGUGAUCCCCAUCAGGGGUGUGCCGAGCACCGGCCGCCGCCCGCCGCAGCGCUCCGGCGUACCGGCGCGCCGCCAGGACCGACCGCGCCGUCCAGGCCCGCUCCGCCGGCCUCCGCGACCCAACGGGCGACCGCUGCGGCCGGCCAACCGCCGCAAGCAGCCGCCGCCGCCAAACGGGUUCAUCGCCGUGUUCCCCAACGGCCAGGAGCCGCCGCGCGGCCAGCCGGAGGAGAACUUCCUGCAGCUGGAGCGGAUCGAGGACCGGCCCGGCCAGCCGUUCCAGUUCCAGCUGCCGCACCAGCUCGGCCCGGCCGCCGGCUCCACCCGCGUCCACGUCUCCAUCACCACCGGCGCAGAGACGCAGUUCGUCCGACCGACAGCUGUCGACGGCCGGCCGCCGUUCUCGGUGCCCCAGCCGCAGCCGGUGGUCGUCGUCGGCGCGACGCUGGCCUCUGAGUUAGACGCCAACCGGAGGGUCGAUCAGUCGUCUCCAGACUCGGGCAGUCAGCCGACCUAUGUCGAGGCGGAGCUCGGUGGAAACACAGGAGGCUUCAGCAACGAGCUGACCGGCCAGGGUUUCACCGGGCAGCAGGAGUUCCUCGGAGGCGGUUUCGCCGACCAGCAGGGCCUCGAUGACCAGGAGUAUGCGGCCAGCGUGCAAGGUCCGUUCGGCACCGGCCAGCUGACGUUCUUCGACAGCUCGGACGGCGGGUUCCAACCGGACUCGGAGCGACGCAGGCCGCUGGUCCGACCACCGGUACCGGUGCCGAACCAAGUCCUCUGGCCGCCCAGGAGCACCUCCACGCUGCACACCAUCGCCUCGCUGGAGGGCGACAACAGGAUCGUUGGCACCAACGUGUUCGCCGACGUGGUGCCCAUCACCACCCGGCCGGCGGUGAUCCAGUUCCAGCCGAACCCCAACAGACCGCGCCGACCGCCGCCAGUCCGCCCGGCCCCGUCCGCCCCGGCAUUGACCCCACAGGUCACCCGAGGACCGGAGUUCACACGGCCGCCGGCCCCGGCACCCUCUCCAGCUCCAGCCCCUGCUCCGGUUCCGGUCCGGAAUCGGAUUCCUAACCAGGCGACCCUUGAGGUUCCUGUGCCGAUCUCCGGUCAGGUUCCGGUUCCGGUGUCGAUUGUGAUCCCCGCACGGAAUCCCGUUCAGCCAGGAGGAAUCUUCAACAGGCCUAACACGGAGUCCGUCAUCCGAGUGACAACUGAGGAAGCCAUAACGGAGACGGCGCCAUCAGAGGCACCGGUGAUAGGCGCUCCCCAGGAGCUCCGUCCCGACGAGGGCGGCGACGACCUGGAACUCUCUGCUUCCACCGAAAGGGGUCAAGCCGCCAAGAAGCCUCAGCAGACCUCGGGCUCCAUCUCCGGCGACGAGGAGAACAACAAGAUCAACUUCAUCGUCACAUCGAGCUUCGAGUCGUCGACGGCCACUCCGACUACCACUGGCACUCCGAGCCUGGCGUCCACCCGCCAGCCCAUCCGGCUCGCUGACAGGAUCCGGCAGACCCUGCUGGCCUCUCUGAGCAGCGCAGCUGCCGCCUCUGCCUCGGCCUCCUCAGCGUCCUCAUUCCCGUCUUCCUCCUUCCCGUCUUCCACCGACCUCGGCAGUGACGCGGGAUCGUCCGUCCGCAUCGGUUCCACCACGGCCAUCCUGGGUCCGGACGUGCGCACCCUGCGCCCUGACACGCGGACGACCAGCCGCCACCACAGCUCGGAGACGGUGAUCAGGGGAGAGUCGACCGUGUUCGGCGGCCUGUUCACCCGGCCGGCGCUGCCAUCGGAGAGCGUGCACGACAUCACGGAGAUCGUCAACGGGCCCGGCCACCAGCCGGUGACCAAAUACAUCACCCGGACCGAGCAGUUCACCCGUACCGUCACCGCCACCAAGACCGACAUCAGGUUCGAGGGCAGUGCGGUGGUAACCAGCACCAAGGUGAUCACCAGCACUCUUCCGCCCAUCACCAUCGUCUCCACCGUCAUCGGCACGUCCACGCAGAUUCACACACUCAACACAGCGACGCCGACUCGCGUGGAGCCGCUGCGGACCGCCACCACCUCCACCCGCCAGCCGCCGACGCCAUCCACCCCGCCACCACCUCCGCCGCCACCCCGCCGGCCUGAGCCGACCACGAACCGGGAGCGGGAAAGGGAGAGGGACAGGGUCUCCGUGGCCGGUGUGCUGCUGGCGGACUCGAUCGACCUCGACGGCGCCCAGCAGGGCAUCACCGACGACAACGAGGUCAACCGUGUGGUGAUCAGCCCCGGCGCCGGCCAGCACCUGGUCGUCGAACAGGCCGAGGCGGUGGCCACGCGCUGCCAGAGACCCUGCCUCGAGGCCAUCUUUGAGACCUGUCGGCCCAUCGGCGGAGUGUACCAGUGCGCCUGCAGACCUGGCUUCGCUCGCGCCCGCGAGCAGGACCCCUGUGAACCCACGCUGACGUACCGCCUGCAAGUGCUGCUGGACCGGGUGAACGACAUCCCGCUGUCGUUCCGGCCCCAGUUCGCCGACCGCUCGUCGGCCGAGUACGAACAGCUGGCGCGCAUCACCGAGCGCGGCCUCCAGGAGGCGCUCAUCGACACCAAACUGGGAGACCGGCUGCACACGACCAAACUGAUGGGCUUCGUGGAGACCGAGGCGGCCGGCGCGCCCGGGCUGCCCCGCACCCGCCCGCCGCCCAGCCUGGACGGCCUGCUGGCGGAACUGAUGGUUCAGGUGUCUGAGCGCGAGAGCGACUCCCUGGACCGGAGCUCCCUGCGGCACACGCUGGCGGAGGCGCUGCGCAGCACCAACUACUCGAUGGGCGGCCAGCAGCUGGUCGUGUCACAGCACAGCGACGCCAUCACCGCUCUCGACUUUGACGAGUGCCAGGACGGCGACUACAACGACUGCCACGAGCAGGCCUUCUGCUACAACCUGGCCGGCACGUUCACCUGUAGCUGCAGGGACGGCAUGGUCGACCUCAACGUCAACGACGCGCCCGGAAGGGCCUGCUCCACCGAGUCGGCCGGCUGCAAGGAGUGCAGCUACAGCGGCGAGUGUUACGCCCAGGACGGCGGCGGCACCGGCUGCCGCUGCCACCGCUGGUACGCCGGCACACGGUGCCAGAUCAACCUGCGCGUGCUGCUGAUUGCGCUGGUCACCGUCGGCGCCGUGCUGGCGCUGAUGCUGUGCGCCUGCUGCUUCCUCUGCUGCCGCCGCCGCCGCGGACGGAGCCACGUCGCGCCGCCGCUCGUAUUCACGGGUCCGGCCGGCUUCCUGCGACACCGCGGCACCGACCUCGGUAACCCGGUGCUCGACCGGAGGGCCAUGCUGGACAGCAGCAGCGACACCAGCGCCACCAGUCCGCCGCGGAUGCUGGGCGCUCCGCCACCGGUCAAUAAGAGGCCGGCACCAGUGCCGCCCGCCUCUGUGGCGGGCCGCAGCCGCCGGUCAGGCCGCACCAACGCCAGCUUCCAGGAGGAGCGCAGCCUGGCCAGCACGGCGAUCCGACCGGCUGUGUUCAUCCCGCGCGCCAAGCACCGUCACCCGCAGCCGCGGCCGGCCAGCGCCGCCUCGUCGGCGUUGCGCGUCGGCCCAGACGGCGGCGCCGACCUGCGAGCCAGCCAGUCACGUCUGAUGAGCGUGCUGGAGCCGGCCGGUCGCGGCCGCAUGCGGCCCCGCGCGGGGACCUUCACGGCGCCCCAGCGCAGCGCGCGCAGCGUCAGUGGGGGCCGCCGACCGCGGCCGGAGGAGGCGGUCAGCCACCAUCCGACCGGGCGCAGUCGCAGCUCAGACAGCCUCAGUCUGAGGGCCGAGUCCAUCGGCGGGGACGCCGACUACAGAGCCCACUCCUUCUUCAGGGAGAGGACAAUGUCGGAGGCACGCUCGUACGACGAGACGACGAUCCGGCCGAGCGUGCGCAGUGUGCGCGGCUACGGCACCCAGCGCAGCCGGCGCAGCUCCCUGGCCGGCAGCUCACAGAUGCUCACAUACGAACAUCAUACAAUGGCCGAACGGGACGCGGCGUCCACAUUCGUGAUGCCGGAAACCCAGCUGUUCCGGCCUCAGGCGGACUCGGACGCGCUCUCCGAGUUCAGUGUGGUCGACGACUUCCCUCAGAUCCACGGACGGCGCAGCUCUCGCGCGGCGUCGGCCGCCGGCAGCCGACGGGGCCCGCGGUGAGGCCGCCAAGACCCGCCGACCUCGUAGUGACCCGGCCGCGCGGCGCGGACGCCGAGUGAACUAUUUAUUGGUGCGCGCCGCGCGGCGGCCGACGGGCGGUCGGCCGGGCCGCGGUGGGUGCGGCCCCGGCCACCCGCCGUCGUCCGAUCACAUCACACACAGGGAGGGAGACGCCGCUCCCAGUCGCUUUAAGUUGUUAUUCGUUAUUCCUUGUGCUGCCGGGUGCCGUCUUCGGGUGCCGUCGGCACUCAGCCGCUCGUAUGUGUGAGAGGUACUUGCUCAAGAGUUCUGCCCCCUUCUCCGUAGUGAAUCGAGCCGUGGAGAGUAGAUGCAGAGUUGCGCGUAGUGAGUGAUAUUGGUCGUUUUGUACAUACCUCCACAGUCAGAGGGCCUGUGUUGUUUUGUUCGUGAGCAGACGGUGCUAUGCGAGGGUGUGUGCUCGGAAAAGUGAAGAUAUUGUGAUUGUGCCAAACUAAGUUUGUGCUCUACCUAUGCUAGAACAGGACGCGAAACAGACACCUGACUUGUGUACAUAGAACUCGACAGCUGCAGACGAGAUGGGCCGUAUGAACGCCCGUCACAGGGAAUUUCCAGUAGGUGGUGGGAUCAAAUCGAAAAUGUGAUGCGCCAGAAAUAAUAUUUUUAUGUGCAUGAGAGAACAUUCGUGAAAUAUAUGUUUAUAAUAUAAUUCCA